UAAAUUGAAUAUCUUCACUUGUUGAUAUCACAAAAUCAAAACCAAACAAAGAAAAAAAAGAGCCACAAAAAAUGUCAGGAAUCAUCAACAAAAUUGGAGAAACUCUUCACAUUGGAGGACACAAAAAAGAAGAGGAACACAAAGGUGAAAAACAUGAUCAACACAAAGGAGAAAAACAUGAUGAACACAAAGGUGAAAAAAAAGGAGAACACAAGGAAGGUAUAGUUGAGAAAAUCAAAGACAAGAUCCAUGGUGGUGAGAGUCAUGAAAACAAAGGUGAGAAGAAAAAGGAUAAGAAAAAGAAAGAUAAGAAGAAAAAUGAACAUGGUCAUGAUCAUCAUCAUGAGAGUAGUAGCAGCAGCGACAGUGAUUAGAUCUUCCUAGUAUUGCUUCUCUCUUUAAGCGGUGUAUGAUACCGUAUGGUGGGGAGUCACUCCAAGGUCUUCUUUCUUAUGAUCCACUAAGAAUAAUAAUAAUUGAGAGAGAAAUUAUGUGUAUUUCUAUGUUUCUUUAAUUUACUUAUUAAAAGUAUGAGCUAAUUGUAAAACCUCACCGUUUUGGUUUGGCUUGGAUGUAAAUUAGCAUAAUAAUAUAUAAUCUAUUAGUGAUAUCUUUCCUAUA